AUACAUGAAUUUUUGAUUCGCUAUAAUACGAAUAAAGAUGAAAUGCUAAAGAGUUGAGUAAAGUUAAAUAAGUAUGAAGAGAAUCGAUCUGUUAUGUAUUGUUAAAGUAUGGCGUUAUGACAUAUUGACACAGCGACAUGCAGCAUGGGCACGGUUUCGGUCGUAGAUUACAAGUGUGCAAACUUUCGUAGUAGAGUGAGACUCUUUGUGACCUGGUAGUGUUGGUCGAUUUGUCCGCAGCAAGGUGCUACAAUCGAGAAGUUAGAAUUUGUUGUUUGACGCCAUUAUAUAAAUAUAGUCCGGGUCUAGUUGCCUCUGUCUGUUUCUCUCUCUCCUUAGUGCACGUGUAACUAUAUACUGAGGCAAAUUGAAAAAGACUUUAUAUGCCAGCGCCGUCGAUGUCUUACGAAAAAAUUGCGCGAGGUUAAAAAAGUCGAAUGUAUAUAGACUAAAAUAAUAGUGUUAGUGAAAUAAAUACACAAGUUUAAUAUGAAAAAAUAUGAAUAUAUGAAAUAAUGAUUAAUGAAGUUCACAAAAAGGGAAAGGUAAAUUUAAAAUAUUUGCAAACAUUUUUGUCGUUUGUUUUAUUCUUAUGGAUAAAGAAGAUAUAGGUUAUACUUGCACCUGCAACCUUUUGUAAAUAUCCGAUCUUUUGAGAUUUAUUACUUCAUAUUUUAUUUUUUGUAACGUAAAUGCAGAGAUGCCUCAUUUUGUAAGCACUAAAGACAAAAUUGUGCAAAAUAUGGAGAAUAUCGCUUCUGAUUUUGCUUGUCUUAAAGUAUCUGCUUUGCAAAAAGCUUCUCGUAUAUCAGGUGAAGUGGAUAAAAUUACAAUUGGUCCCGAUUCAAUAGUGAAUGAAAGUGAAAGUGAAAGAUCAGAAAAUAUAGAAAAUGAACAGAAUUCUUGUAAUAUUACAAUUCCACAAAAAUCUGUCUACCCACAGCAUAAAAUCUAUAUGCAAAGUGGUAUUACCUUCUCAGUUAAAAAGAUUCUCUUAGAAAGCGAAUAUCAAAGAAAAGAAGAAGUUCAGAAAGAAAUUGCACGUCAUUGGCAACAUAUGAAAGAAAAUGGGAAAGUUAUACAGAAACGUAUGGCAAUAUCACGUUCACAUAUGGCUAAAGAACGUGAACGCAAAAGUAAGGAGAACUAUGCAUAUAUACUAGCAGAAGAAAGAAUGGCAGAACAGGAAGAAAUACGUAAAAGACAUGAACGACAGAAAGAAGUUGAAGAAUACAGAAAAGAAAUGAAAAAGAAAGAAGAAUUGACCAAAGAAAUAAUGAUUUUAAGAAAUAUAUACAACCAAAAAAAUAAUGAUUUUAAGAAAUAUGCAAUGGAACAUCAUGAUGUCAUAGCACUUUCUGAAAAUUGUAAAGACAAAAAUUCUUUUGCCAUACUAUUAUCUUCUUAUGAUACAAAAUUAGAAGAGUUGCACCUCCAAUUGAAGUUUAUAGAUGAAAAAGUUAAGAUAGGUGAAAUAACACCCGCCGAUUUGAAUAUUAUGGUAAAACUGGUUCAACAAAUUGAUGAAAUGUUAAGUAUAUUUAAAUCAGAAAUAGAUAAAAUAAAUGUUCGGUGUGAGGUAAAUUCAACUGGAGCAGAAAAUACAACACAUUCUCAUACGACACAAUUGUCAGAUUCACAACAGGCAUUUAGCAACAGUCAAACAGUUCACGAGCCAAUUAUUUCAGAACAAACAAAUACUGAUAACGAAGUACAAAAAUAUGAAGACGAAGAAAAAAAGGGAAAUAUGCAAACAGAGAACAUGGUUUCUACAAAUAUUUCACAAGAAACAUCUCUAAUUGUUAAUGUAGAAGGAAAUGUAUCAACGACCGAAUCAGAUAAAGAUCAUUUGUAUAAAUAUGUCGAUAAAGAAUUGUUAGAAAUAUAUGUGAAUAAUAAAAAAUUUUUAGAAAAUUAUGUAAAAAUAUUUGAUGAGUUUUUACAAUCUCCAAAUACGAAAAAAUUUAGAUUUGAAUGUCAAAAAGCAAUAAAUAUACCUGUAAAUGCAAUAUCUGGCAUUAAUCAACAACAUCUGACAGAUAAAUAUGAAAGAUUACAUAUUCUGCUUAUGGGGAAAUCUUGGCCAAAUGUUAAUGAACAUCCAUAUGGGGCAGAUUUUUGUAAAAAUAUUCUAGCUAAAAAAUUAGUUAAUCAAGGUGAGACGCUUGUUUCAAGUAAACCAAAGAUGGCAUUUCCCAUUGCAGCUAUAAUCGUAGCUCUUUGGAGCGAUCAUUCCGAUUUCGGAGAUUUACUUUUAUCACAUUUUUACGAUGUUUGUCCAUUUACGGUUCCUAUCUUUAUGCCAAGAAUGGUAGGACAAUCGGAUGAUGAUUAUUAUAAAUUAAUGGGUUAUAAAUAUGCUGAAGAUGGCACAAUUGAAAAGCAUGAUAAAUUUUUGAAAAGAAUGUCCGGUUUAAUGAGACUGUAUGCUUCUAUUACUAUCACGACUCAAAGGAAAGGAAUUACUAAAACUAAUCCACAUGGACUCCAAAAUGCAUGGCGAUGGUUGGCUGCUAUUUUAAAUUUUGAACCGCGAAAGGAAAUAUCAGAUCUUUGUGCAACUUUCUUAUUGGAUAUGCUUGAAGUUGCUGGAAAUACAUUAUGGAUUGCUUAUCCAAAACAAUUCCAUAAGUUGUUAAUUUUAUUGUCGGAAGAAUAUUAUCCACGCAUGAAAAAUGUAGGAUCUAUCGGCAGUGGUCCAUUGGUACGACUUGAAGAAUUUUUGAGAAAUAGUUUAGCAAAAGGUUCUAUAUCCCCUCCUGAUGGUCAACUUCCUCCAAAUUUUUGGUGAUGAUAAUACCGCUGAAUCAAUUUCUUUAAUUUCUAAUUAUAAAUUUCUGACUGUUAUCGAUACUCGUAAAACAUUAUCGGAUAUUGCAAGAAUUUUCUCGCGCGAAAAUAUUUUAAAGUAAUUUGUACAUAUGAAAAAUCAUUAUUCGAAUGCCAUAUUUAUUAAACUUUCAAUAUGUGAGAAAAGAAUGCAAAAAGAUGUAAAAAUAAUAAGUGAUGUAUGUAUAAUUAUGCGUAUGCCUAGAAGUAAUACAAUACGAAUAACAUAAUCUUAGUAGUAUGGUACACUUGUAACUACAGAUUUUACACCGUCAAAGUUGUAUAAUUUUUCAAAAUUUGUGGCAAAUCUAGUAAUCCCAAAAGGAGCGAAUCUAUCUAUCCAUUCUCUGUCUUGAUUUAUAUUUAGUAAGUAAGUUGUAAUUUUUCUUUUGAGGACGUCUACAAAUAGAAUGAAAAGUAAAAAUCAUAAUUCAUUGCAUAAAAGAAUUACAGUAUAAAUGAAAUACGACCUAUACAUUUUUACGCCUAAAACUUUUGUACCUGAAAGUGUUUUCUUUAUCAUGAUGCGAUAAGGUGGUAAAGGUCCUAAACUUGUUAAAAUAUGAAGCGAAUUGAUUCCUGGUAAUGUGUCUUUGUGGCAUUUAAUAACAGGAGAUUCUAAAAUUCCAACUUCUGCUUGUUUUCCUGCAACCAUUUGUAAAGCAGCAAUCUGUGUAUCAGUAUCUGAAAAUUGAAUUUAUAAUUCAUUUAAUCAUUUUUAUAGUAUACUGAAAAUAAAAAGCAUGCUCUUAAUGUAAUAUACGAACCAAG